AUGCCUGAAUCAAAAGAAGAUAUCAUUGCUAAUUUGAGAGCUAUUAUUAUAUCUAGUAAAGGAGGACUUUUAUUAUCUGAAAUUGAUGGAGAUUACAAGGAAACAUUUGGCACUAAUGUUCCAUUUAAAGAUUUAGGAUUUAAUUCAUUGGAAGAAUUUUUAAAAAAUGAUAAUGAUAAUUUUCAUGUAAUCGGAACGAGAGUUGAAGCAGUCGCUAAACCAGCAUCAUUACACAUUUCUUCUUUAGUUAGUAAACAAAAAAAUUCUAAAAAAAGUGGCAGAUCAAAAUUGUCGAGCAGAGGAGUUCAAAAUUUGAGAAAACCUGCAAAUCUUUCCAAUGGAAAUUCACAAUGUAAAACGAUUAAAAAGGGAAAGUCAAUAGAAAAGGGAAGUGAUAAUGUUAAAGAAGAUUGUAAUGUUAACUUACCAUCAUCUUUAAAGCAGCUGACGGUGGACAAUCGAAAUGCAAUAUCAAGCUCUUUGAAACCUCCUGUGAAAAAAAAUCCUAAAACAGAAAAAAAUAAAAAUUCAGAAAAUAUCAAAGCAAAUAAUUUAGAUGUGAAAAAAUGUUCGCAACCAUCCAAAAAUAAUGUGCCUUUAUUUACUAACAGAUCUGAAAUGAAUAAUUAUGUUCCAUUUGAAGACAUAAAAGAUUUCACAGAAAACAAUUCACCUAAAUUUUAUUCUAGAAACAUACAAUUAUCAUUACAAAAUUAUAACAACAAUUACCAAAGCAUUUCGAAUAAAACUUCAGAUCAAAAUGUAAAAUCUUUAAGUUCACCAUUUAAAAGAUCUUUAACUAAUAAUUCUCAACAUGAAAUUAUGUUAGCAAAAAAAUCAGCAACUUCGUUAAUUAACACGGAAAAUACUCCUCGGCCGUUGAAUAAAGAAUCUCAGACGGUAAAAAAGGAAUCAUACGAACAAUUAUUAAAAGAAUUUUGCGUUGAAAAAGGAUUGAUUAUGCCGAUUUACUCCAUUAGCGAAAAACAAAUAAGUAACGAAUUGAAAUUUUACACGUGUAAUUUAACGAUCGGCGAUGGAUUUAAAAUUUCCACGCAUCCCGUGGAAACUCGUACGGAAAUGGAUGCGAGAGAAAGAGCAUCGGAAAAAGCAUACAAUCAUCUCGCGUCUUCCAUUAAUAAACUUCCUAGUUUUUUAUACGAUUCGGAAAAUGUUAUUAAAUUAAGAGAUUUAUGUACGGAAAAAAAUUUACAACAACCCGUUUUCAAAUCUAUCGAAUGCAAUCCGAAAAACGAACCCAAAUAUUUUAUAUGUAAAGUCCACGUGGGAAAGGAUAUUUUACUUUCGUCUUAUCCAACGGAAGCUAAAGAUGAAUUUACGGCGAGGGAUUUGGUUGCUAAAAAAGCCUACGAUCAUUUAAACGUGUUAAAUAAAUCCGUAGUGAAAACGUCGAAAAAUUUAAAUUUAGUUUUAAGUCAAUUAUUCGAUUUAGUCAAAUCAAAAAAUUAUGGCGUUUGGUGCAAUAAAUUACCCAGCUUGUAUUUGGAAACGUACAAAGAAGAAUUACCGUCCGAUUGGUUCGAACUAGUUAAAAAUUGUUCGAAAUUUGAAAUUUCGAGCAUUCCCAGAGUGGGUCACAUAAUACGAGUUCAAAACAACAUGGAAACAAUGCCCAAAUUGUCCGGAUCUUUGGAAUUGGCUAAAUUAAAAGUUCCAGAAUCGAAUCAGUGGGAGGUUUAUAUCACGAAUGUCGUUUCAUCCGCUAAAAUUUGGUGCAGAUUAAUUGGUAAAAAUUUCAGCGAAAUUUACGAUUCGAUGAUGACGAAACUCGAAUUACAACCUCCGACUUUUAACGUGAGUUCUCCAGUCGUCGGAGAAAUUUAUUUGAUUAAUCUCGAAGAAUCAUGGAAUCGCGUUAGAGUUCUGGACACAUCGUUGGAAAACGACGAAAUUUCCGUUUUUCUCAUCGACGUCGGACUCGAUGAAGUCGUUAAAAAAUCUCAACUUUUUUACCUGCAAGAAGAAUUUUUUUCUGUUGCUCCUCAGGUACUCGGAAGUCGUCGUUUGAAAUUACAUUUGGCUCUCAUGCAUUCGUUACUCGGUAAUUCGUUCAUAGCGGAAGUUGUUGCAAUAUUAGACGGAAACGGAAAUACAUGCAGCGUGAAUUUGUGGGAUACGUCAACAGACGAAGAUGUUAAUAUUAAUUUGAGACUUUUAGAUGACAUUGGAAUCGUCGAAGAAAUGUUUGUAUCGAACGUAGAUGAUUCUGGAAAUAUUUAUCUUCAAGUUAAAAAUAUUAUAUCGAUAAAAAUGAAAAAUUCCGGAUCGCAUACGUCCAUUAUCAAUAAGAAAAUUGACCCGAAUAAACUUUACGUCACUCGGAGUCAUAAAACGGGAUUGUAUUAUCGAUCGAAAUUUUUAAAAACUUUAAAUCACGAUAAAGUUUUGGUUAAAUUUAUCGAUUACGGUUGCGAACAGGAAACUUUCAUAUCGGAUUUAUUGGAUCUCGAACGUACGUCUUUUGAUUUGGCAACCAUACCAUCGCAAGCCAUUUGUGUACAACUUGCGUGUACGAAAUCUCUCACCGGGAGAGACAUGGUCAAAAUUCGGGAUCUCGUUUUGGAACAAAACGUUUUGGUCAAAUUGGCAAACAUUCCAAAGGAUUCCAAACCGACCGUCGUAGAAUUACUCAAACGUUCCCAAUCGGAUGGAACUCUUUCAUCCGUUAAUAAAAUAAUUAACGAAAGCAGCAGCACCACAAGUCAAACGUUGUUGGAUCCACCAUCGAGGAAAAAAUCCUACGUCGUCAGUUUGGAAAAUACACUGUCGAGAAAUUUACCCACCCCUAAUAUUCCGCCCGAGGGAAGUUAUUUUAACGUUUUUGUAACUUUGGCAGCUCAUCCGGGAUUGUUUUGCGUACAACCUUUGUCAACUCAAAACGAACUCAUGGAACUCAUGUUUCGACUACAAAUGAAAUGCGAUAAAUUGUAUUCGAAACCCUUGCCCCCCGAAGAAUUCAAAAUAGGAGAACUUUAUGCGGUGAAACAUCCCGAUAAUUUUUGGUACAGGGCCUACGCACAAGCGUUUACCGGCUCUUCGUCAUUUAUCGUUUAUCUUUGCGAUUUUGGAGAUUUCAUUGAAACAUCGGCGGAAAAAUUGAUGCAUUUGUCCAGCGAAUAUACUACUCUUCCAUAUCAAGCCAUUCGAGCCUAUUUGGCAGGGAUUUCACCGUUGGAAAAAGACUGGCCUGCCAUCGACUGCGUAUACUUUCGAGAACUCGUUGUGGAAAAAUCAUUCGUGUCUCGGAUAGUGGAAAUUCGUAGAGACGUGGAAAAUCCCAAUUACAUGACCUUGGGUUUAACAUUAGUCGAUACGUCAACGACUAAUGAUGUUUACAUCCAUGAGUUGCUGUUGGUAAUUGUUAAAUGUUUAAUGAACCAUAUUAAGGUAGAGGGUAAAAUUUAA